AUGUCUGCAGAGGAAGUGCACGCUGUCGAUCCAGAUGGAGAUGCCCUCCUCAUCGUCCCUCGAACGAAGACCUCCGAAGCCAGCGUCGAUGAAGAUGAAGAUUCAAUCCAUUUUCUUGUGUCCUCUAAACACCUCACGCUGGCGUCUGCUUACUCCAAGGCUCUGUUUAGCGCGGAAUGGAGACAUGGGCAACAGCUCUCCACCUGUGGUUCUGUCCCACUCAGACUUAAAAACACCUCUCAUGACUCGGAGACGAUGCGCAUCAUUUUGAAUGUCGUUCAUGGAAGACAGAGGCAGGUUCCCUUCACAGUAAGCGAAAAACUGCUGCUCAAAGUGGCUCUAGCCACCGACUACUUCAUGUGCGGAGAGGCUAUGCAGGCGUGGGGACUGUACUGUACAAAAGAACUCGUCGGGCAAUUUCCAUCCACAUAUUCUUCCCGGACUUGGACCUGGAUAUUUAUCUCCUACGUCUUCGGCUGGGAUUCUUUUUUUCGACAUCUCACCAAGCUGGUUCAACAAUCAAGCACGGAAGAUGCCUACUCUGGAUCUUUGCCAAUCCCCAAAUGGAUUCCCGAUCAAAUUUUCGCAAAGCGAAGAGAGUAUCUGGAGCAAGUGUUCGAAUUGAUCGACGCACGCCUCGAGGAGCCUUUAUCCCCUACAGAUAUUUGCAAUGAGAGUUGUGAUGCUCUGAAAGCAGGAACCUUGAGGAAAUAUGUCCGAAAACAUCAACAGAGAUCUAUCCAAGACAGCCCACUCUCUUUUGUUUCGGCCAUACGAACCUGGAAAAACCCCGAACACUUGGGAAUGAGUCGCUCCUAUCACAUCCCCUGCGCUAGCGGAGGCUUGCUCGGUUUGAUGCUCGAAACUCACUUGGACUCGCUUAGUGCGACACUCUCUGGAAUAGAGGGGCUUCCCAAGCCGAAAGAUGACGAAAGUCAUUCCUUCCUUGCACAGUCAUCCUUUUCCCCUGCAUGA